AUGUCUGAAGCUCAAACGAGGUCUUCUGCCUCUCGUGGCAGGGUAUCCGCUCGCGGCGGUCGCGGUGGCUAUAGCUCCAGAGGUGGUCGAGGUGGCAGCAGAUCUGCAAAGGCAGACAACUCAGAUAGCACGGCCGCUACAUUCGAAGACGAGGGAGAAAUUGGUCAGAUGAAGAAGAAAUAUGCAAACACUCUACCCAUGCUAAAGGAAUUGUUCCCUGACUGGACGGACGAGGAUCUUGUCUUUGCGUUGGAGGAUGCAGACGGCGACCUCGAGGAGGCAAUUGAUCGCAUAACUGAAGGUAACGUCUCUCAGUGGGGUGAGGUAAAGAAGAAGACCACAGACCGGAGCCGCCCCAAGCCAAAGGAGGCACAGAGCACCCCGACCGAGUCGACUACUGCUCCCAUUCGAGGAGGUCGUGGACGUGGUGGAUUUGAGAGCCGUGGUGGACGUGCUCGUGGAGAUCGUGGUCGUGGCGGUCGUGGCGGUCGUGCUGGUGCCCACACCAAUGGCAGCCGCCCAGAGAAGCUCGCUGCUCCUGCCACAGUGGAGACAGUUACCCCCGAGGUCACCAAGACCGAGAAGCCGACCGAUGCUGAACCUACAGCUCCUGAACCCGUCGACGCCUCGAAGGAGGCCCCCAAGGAUGCAUCAAAGGCCGCUGUGAUCCCCGAGGGUACCAAGAAGGGUUGGGCAAGCUUGUUCGCAAAACCGGCGCCUCCUCCCCAGCAGAAAGCUGCUGCUCCCGCUCCAGUACCAGCCCCGGCUCCAGCUGCCGCUGCUGCACCUGCGCCUGCGCCUGCCCCCGCCCCCGCUGUCGCUGCCGCUCCUGUUCCCGAGAAGCCUGCUGCCGAACCAGUGCCCGAGCAGAAGGAACAGAACGAGCAGAAAGAACAGAAAGAGCAGAAGGCGCCUGAGCCUGCACCCGUCCCGAUUCCGCCUCCGGUUCCGGUUCCUAUGGAGAAGGCGCCUGCGCCUGUUAUCCCUCAACCUCUCGAAAAACCCGCUGUCCCCGCCCCGGCGACUGAAGUUGCAGCUCCCAAGGAUGAUUUGACCAAGACGAAUCUUGCGCAGAUCCCCGACGUCUCUCCCCCGGCUCCCACAGCCACUGCUGCUAGCACCGUGGGCAGCGCCCUUGAUGCUCACAAUGCUGCAGCUGCCGCAACACCCACACGACCUGCACCUGCCUACCCCACCAGUGCACUGAAGCAGAGUGUUCGCGCUGCCGGUGCCCAGCGCCGUGUGAUGGAACAACAAGAAGCAGUGGUCAUGCCAGGAAACCAUGCUGUUGACCGGGCUGCAGUGCAGUUCGGCAGCAUGGGAUUGAACGGCGAUGCUGCUGAUGUCGAUAUUGAUGAGAACCGUGAAGAUGCUGAAACUCGUGCCCAACCCCCUCAACACUCUCCCGUGGCUCCUCGUGCCUCCUUGCCUCCUUCUACCCAAGCCCAGGCUUCGACCGAGAGCCCCGCUGUCUCUCGCCCAGCCCCUGGACUCCCCCCCGUUCCUCAAGCCUCUGCUGCUGACUCCUCUUUCAACGACUUCGCCCGCUACACCGAUGCUCACAAGCCCUAUGACCCCUUCAGCCAGCAGGUGACCCAACCUCAGCCUCAAAUCCAAGAACCAUUCGCCAACCAAGCUCCUGUCCAGCCGACCGUAACUACUGGCAGCGAGUAUUCUCCCUUCUACGCCGUCGACCAGCGUCUCCCUUACAACUACUAUGGCACCUAUGGCCAGUCCCAGGAUGCUACCGUAGCCCAGAGAGCCGCCGCCGGAUUUGGCGUCUCGGGCGCGGAAGUGCAGCCCCAUAUUCCUACUACUCAGCCUCCCAGCCGCUAUGGCCAUGUUGACGCACCCAACAGUGGUCACAACACCCCCAACCCCACCCUCCCCGGUGCUACUCAGACCCCGACUGCACAGCACAUGCCCGGCCAGGCGCUCAUACUUACGGAUAUGGAUACCCCUAUUUCUCCAACCCCCACUAUGCUUCCCCAGUAUGGCUAUGGAAGCCAGUAUGGUCCGUAUGGCAAGGCUGGAAUGUACGGCCAGCCUCACGCUUUCUCUUACGACCACUCUUCGUCACCCGCAACUACCGGUAGCUUUACCCAAGCCAUGCCGAGCCGUGACACCGUCUACGGCCGUACCGGAUCUGCCCAACCAUCGGAGAGCCAGCAGUCUGCAGCCGGCUCAAACACCUUCGGAUCGGGCAUGUCCGACGUCUUUGGUCGCUCCCAAGGUGGCUUCGGGCAGAACCAGCCCAUUUCCCAGCAGCCCCCAGUGACUACGGAGGAAACCAAGACAUUUGACACGCCUAAGGCCGCUGGACCCAGCCCUUCUCUAGCUCAGGCUAACCGCCCUGGCUCCGCAACCAACAGCGUACCAGGCCAGCCUCAGGCACAAACUGGCCUUCCCCCUCUGCAAGGCCAGCAGGGUCAGCAGGGCUUUGGCACCUAUCCUCACCUGAACCCUCAGUAUGGGGGUCUCGGUGGACUUGGUGGACACCAGGGUGCAGCCACUCAAACCCACCACCAGGCUACUGGCUACGGUAACUACGGAGGCGCCGGAUUCGCUAAUUAUUAUGGCAACACCGGCCGCGGUGGCUGGGGAGGCAAUUACGGGCACUAA